AUGCCUGCUCUCAUGAAAAACUUCAUUACCGAUCUUACAAAAUGCGUUACUUGUUCAAUAAUAUUCUCUAUCGGAGUUGUUGCAGGAUCUGUAAACUUAUGGAGAUUCCACGUGUUUAUUCCCAUCAAUCUCGCUGUUAAUUACGUAUUAUUCCCGUUCCUUGUCGGCGGAUUAUGCAAAGGUUUCAAGAUCCCAUCUGAACAGACUAAAUCUGCUGUUUUGAUGGCCGUUUCUCCAACAGGACUGUUUUCAUUACAUAGAAUGCCAGAUGAUGAUCAAAUGAUUGGCCCUCGCAUCGCUUUCGUUUGGUCAAGCUUAUUAUGGCUUCCAUUUGCUUACAUUUGGGGAGCAAUUCUCCUUUACACAAAUCUUUUCUAA